AUGGUCUGCAAUACUUCUAACAGGGUCACUGUUGCACAGCUGUCUUCUGAGGAGCUACAGAACCCCCAGGAAGCCAAAAGCCAGGGAACUAAAAAUGACAGCAUUGCUGCAACAGAGGCUGCCCCCUCACAGGAAGGGGCAGCUUGGCCCACAGGCACUUCAAAGGAUGAAGCCAAAUUUGAAGGCAAGACCAGUGAGGGAGACUCCCCUGAGGAACUACUAGAAAGAUUUACAUCUUCCCAGAAAAGCAGCAACGCACAAAGCACAGAUGUUUUAAUGGUUUCAUCUUUUGAAGACGAAUCAUGGCCCUUACAGGAAACAGAGAGGCAAAAAUCAUCAGACAUUCUCGAGGAGUUGAGGAUGCAGAGAAUAAUCAAGAGCCAAAGUACCACUGCCAGGACCAGGAAAAGUUAUGAAAACAAGAGAGAUGCCCUGGAAAAGACACUGAAGAAAUGACCAGCUAGGCUGGAUUAAAAAAAAAAAAAUCCAUUUUGAAACAAGGAAGUGGGUGAUUUUGCAGUGAAGGACAUGAAGAUGUCUGCUGAAGAGAAAAAACAGGUUAGGGAAGAGGAACUGAACAAAAUGCCACAACACACAUUUUUUCUAGCAAUUGCCCGCCAAACUACAGGUAAACAGACUGAAAAGGACUGCCCAAGUUUUGAAAAUCAAGGAGGUACAGGCACCCCACCUUUAGAUAGUGAGCCAGGGGUACUGCUGAAGGAAAUAACCGCAGUAGAAGCCACAAACAAUUAUACUGAGGACUCUGUCAUUGACCCAAUAACUUACAACUGCAUCAAUGAAACAAUCUGGAUCUAA